CGCAGCAUCUCCUCCUCCUCCUCCUCCUCCUCCUCCUCUGCCUCAGCGCCGGUUCCUCUGCAGGUGGAUGGAGACUGGAAGCCCCGGAGACACGCGCCAUGCACGGGGAUCGCUGCUGGUAGGGCUCGACUGCUGAGCACCUCCCUUCGAGCCAGGGACCACAUCCUUAAAUGACCCGCGGCUAAGGAGGGGGUGUCUCCGGAUCCAGCGCCCGGAUCAUGGCAUGCUGCCCACACCGGGCAUCCAGCACUGACCAUGGGGCUCCGGUCCAGGACCGUCGCUAGCGGCUCAGAGGAGCAGAAGAAAAGCUCCGGCGCUCCUCCCGGGGACUUAUUGGACCAAUGCACCGGGGGAGCGGACAAGGAUGGCGCCCGGCUGCUGGUGGCUUCGGGCCGGGAUGACUUCAAGCGGGGCUCUCAGGGCAUCGGCAUCGGCAUCGGGCUGCUGGCCAAGACCCCCCUGAACUACACCCGGCCGGCCAAGAGGAAUAACAUCCGCACGAGGAGGAUCCAGAACCUGCUGUACGACGCGCUGGAGAGGCCGAGAGGAUGGGCGCUGCUCUACCACGCGUUCGUGUUCUUAAUAGUUCUGGGCUGUUUGAUUCUGGCCAUACUGACAACGUUCAGGGAGCACGAGAAGGUGUCUGCACACUGGCUGGUCAUCCUGGAAACAUUCGCCAUCUUCAUCUUCGGAGCAGAGUUUGCUCUGAGGGUCUGGGCGGCAGGAUGCUGCUGUCGCUACAAAGGGUGGAGGGGGCGGCUGAAGUUCGCUCGCAAACCUCUCUGUAUUCUCGACAUCUUCGUGCUGAUUGCCUCGGUGCCGGUGGUGGCGGUGCGGAACCAGGGUAACGUGUUGGCCACGUCCCUGCGCAGCCUGCGUUUCCUGCAGAUCCUGCGGAUGCUGCGCAUGGACCGGAGAGGAGGAACCUGGAAACUGCUGGGCUCCGCCAUUUACGCUCACAGCAAGGAGCUGAUCACAGCCUGGUACAUCGGCUUCCUGUCUCUGAUCCUGGCCUCCUUCCUGGUCUACCUGGUGGAGAAGGACGACGCCUCCAUGGACGUGUCCAGCCACGACGACCCCACCGCUCAGCCCAAAGCGCAGGACUUCGACACCUACGCUGACGCACUGUGGUGGGGGCUGAUCACGCUGACCACCAUCGGGUACGGGGACAAAACCCCGAAGACCUGGGCUGGGAGACUGUUAGCCGGCACUUUUGCUCUAAUCGGAGUUUCCUUCUUCGCUUUGCCUGCAGGGAUCCUGGGCUCUGGCUUGGCUCUGAAGGUCCAGGAGCAGCACAGACAGAAGCACUUUGAGAAGCGCAGACAUCCAGCCGCCGGGCUCAUCCAGUCUGCCUGGAGAUAUUAUUCCACCAAUCCAAUCAGGGACGACCUCAUUUCCACCUGGAGAUUUUAUGAAACUAUUAUCUCUCUUCCCUGUUUCAGGAAGGAUCACCUGGAGUCCAUGGCGAGCCAAAAGCUGAGUUUACUCGAGCGCGUUCGCCUUCCCAAUGUGCGGCCAUCUGUUGGGUCGGGCAAGAGGCUCAUAGGUCACACUGACUCCAUCGAGGAAAGUCCCUCCAAGGAGACAAAACCUGCCGGCUUCAGUAACCGAGAACGCUUUCGCACCGCCUUCCGCAUGAAGGCCUACACACUCCGUCAGAGCUCUGAAGAUUCCGGAGCCCUGGCAGAUCAAGCCUUAGAGGAGCGGGGCUUCCCCCCAGACAUCCUCAUGGAGGAGAUGAUCCCCACACUGAAACUGGUCAUCAGAGCAGUCAGGAUCAUGCAAUUCCUCUUGAACAAAAAGCGGUUUAAGGAAACUCUGAGGCCUUACGAUGUCAAAGACGUGAUCGAGCAGUACUCUGCUGGACACCUGGACAUGCUCUGUAGAAUAAAAUACCUCCAGACAAGGAUCGACAUGAUUCUUGCCCCUGGACCCCCCCUCACCCCCAAACAAAAGAAAACUCAGAAAACACCCUUUACGUACCCGUCCAAUCAGUCACCCAGGCAUGAGUUCAACCUAGCCAAAGCCGCCUCCAUGCCAGAUACCGAAGACCAAAGCAUGAUGGGUAGAUUUGUCAGGGUGGAGAGACAGGUGGAGGACAUGGAGAAGAAAUUGGACUUCCUGGUGGACAUGCACAUCCAGCACACUGAGCACCUGCAGGUGGACUCUGCCGGUGCCGCACACAUGACCCUGGAGACCUGCGCCCCUACGGGGAACGGAGAGAUCCGGCGUGUUUUCUUCAACUACGCUGAGGCGUUCCCACAGCUGUCGUACCACAUGCCUGACACCAAGGUGAAUCCGUAUUAUGGCAGAGGAAGAGGAGGUGGAGAGGGGACGGGGUUGGCUGGUGAAAGCCGGGUUCCUCCAGACCAUCAACCCCCUCUGCCACACCUCCACCAACGCCACCCUGCAGCUGCCAUCCCCACCUACACCGAGCGUCCCACAGUGUUGCCCAUCAGCUCCCUGCAGGACUUGUCAGCAGGGCCGGGCAGGACCACAGGGGGGCGGGGGGGCGACUCGCCGCUCUCCAUGCUAUCAGUGAACCACGAGGAGCUGGAGCACUCGCUGAGCGGGUUCAGCAUCUCUGGGGAGCGGGAGGAAGGGGAGGACUUGGGGGCCGGGCUAGCAACAGGGGACGCCAGCUGGACAAGACCCAGACCGAGCUACCUGGCAGAGGGGGAGACAGAUACUGACACGGACCCCUUUACACCCAGCGGGGGGCCCCUUCCACUCUCCUCCACAGGGGAGGGAUUUGGGGAUGCUGUGUGGAACACGCCGCCCUGAGAGGUGUGCGUGUGACCACAUACAAUCCACAACUCUGAGUUAAGACCUUAUAUCUAGCCCAUGCCUCUAAACCCAAAUCAGUUUGGGUCAAAGCCACCUCUUGACCAAACCAUUUGGAGGAAAGCCGGGUCUAAUCCGCCUUGAUGCUGUGAGGUUGUGAGCGAGGUCAUCGACCUUCAGAGGCCAGCGGCGAUCUCAUCGACCGACAGCCGUCCAGACAGAGCCAUGGCAUGGAGACUGCCCAGAAAUAAAAGGGAAAACAGACAGUUUGUAAAGUAAAACUCUGUAUAGCGCACUCUUCGCAAAAAAUUAGCUAAAUAAAUAAUAAAGAACAUUAAUCAACAUACUAUAUACACCCAAAAGCUUUAUCGCUGCAAAGUCCAACCGCACUGCAUGUAACGCAUGCGAUUUUUAGUGUAGACACUGCAAAGUUUAGGAUAUCAGGAAACGGAAAAAGCGAUUGAAUGGAUACAUAUACUUGCUAUGCCAUUUUGUAACACUUAUUUUUUAUAUGAAUACAUUUUCAUGGUUUUUUGCAUGGUUUGCAUGAUAAUGCACCAUUCUAGGGGUGGAGAUUGGAUGGUGAUAAUGGAACCAAAAGUCUCCUGUCUCUGUGUUUUGUAUGUUUGAUGAGUGUGUUUUCUGAGUGUGUAUGUGAGAGAUUGUGAGUGAGAGAGAAAAAGGGACUUGGAUAACAAAACACUGGUUAGUUGCGGGCAGUCGUGUUUCACUAUUUUUGCUUUUCUCUCAUUGCGCUGUAAAUCCUUCGAGGAUCCGUUAUGUCAAGGAAGCAGCAUUUCUGAUCCCGUCACUUUGUUUUCACACCACUGUGCUCUUGAGUUGUAUGUCACCACUUUAUGCAUACAAACCUCCCAGUUUAAAAAGGUAAAAAAUCAACAUGAAUUGAAAUGAAAUACUAAAUAUCUGUUGCUUUGUUGGCACAUGAAUUCAGGGAUAUAAACACCUGUACGUUUUUAAUUUACAAAAGCUUGCUGAGCGUCAGUUCAGUUUGUCACUGGUUGAAAACCUGUUGAUCAAAUCAUUUAUAUUAUCAAAGCAAAAUAGUGGCUAAAAAUGACGCUCCCUAGAUAAGAGGAGACACUUUCACAUACAGUAUAUUAGUGUUCAAUCAUACAACCACAAAUAAAUCUGCAUUUUCUUAACAGAUCUGAUGUUAUGUUUCCCUCUUUAACUCUUGAGCUCUUGUGCUUCGUACAGUCACAGUAUAAGACACCGCGUGACCUCUUGUCUCACGUUAGAAUUUAAAGCUCUGUUUGCAUUGGAUGAUCAUUACAUCCAGAUAUUGUUAAUGAUAGUAGAGGUCAUCUGUGUUCAAUUUGAAUCCCUAAAUCUAUGUCCUGAAAUCUAUAAAAUACAUAUUCUGUCAAAACAUUCUGACAAUAAUUUCCCCAAACACUGAAUUCUGCAGUAACUAUGUUUUGAGUACAGUCCUGAUGAAGUGCGGUACACAAUAAUGAAAUUAAAACAUUUACCCACAAAUUCCUCAUCUGAGACGGGUGCACGAGUGCAUGAGCCAGUGAAGAACUUGCCUUAGCAUUGCUUCUAUAUCACCAGAUGUUAUAAACGUACAAUUAUAAACUAAAUCUGUUUGUAAAUUGGCAGAAAAGCUGUUAAACAACAGAAUUGACUUUCCUUACUGUCCAACAGUACAUCUUUAUAGUAAUGCACUUCAAAAGAUGAAAUUUCAUAACUUGCUUUUUUUAUUUUAAUUUCGCAACAAACACAAAUUACUGUAUCGUCCGGUGCUACACGGCGAGCAUCUCGAAUGUCCAGUUAUGAACACAAACUCACGCUGUAAGCAACAACACCACAUACUGGGAAGACUGGAGGGACAUGUAGCAAUGCUAGCAAGUGAUUGGCUGCAAAAGCCCAGGUUUCAGAUGGUCGACAUAAAGAGCUUUACAGAUCACGUAUAGGCCUGAACAACAUUUACUACUUUAGAUUUAGGGCCACAAUGAUACUGAAUGUAAUAUUUGACAACCAACUAUAUCUACACACGGAUUAUUACACAGUUAUAGCAUGUUAAAGCACCUUCAGAGUCAGCGGGAUUUUAUAGAGGGGCUUCCACACCGGGCUUGAACAGGAAGUACUGUAACCUGCUUAGAGAUGCUGUUUCUUUAGUUUCCUCAGCAGGAAAGUGGAGUUUUUAAUCAAGUGUUUGAUUAAAACAAGCUUGUAGGUCAAAUAGUUAUAGAGCCAGCAACAACUUCAGUGACGAUUUAGCAAACCACAGCUUGAAACAAAAGCCUGAGUCACAUGUAGGGUCACUAGUUUUAGUACCCUGCCAUGCUGCAAGUUUAAUUUUGUGGUGGGAGAUUUCGGUCUCCGGCCAAAGCUUGUCUGAGGGAGCGUUCACACCAAACCAGUUACAUUACAGGUCAUUUAGCAGACGCUCUUAACCAGAGCGACUUACAGUGAACUAAGUACAGGGACAGUCUCCCUGGAGCAACUCAGGGUUAAGUACCUUACUCAGGGGUACACUGGUGGCAUCCUGGUAUUGAACUCAUGACCUUCUGGUUUGGAAGGUGUACCAUUAGACCACUAGGCUAUCACCACCCCAAGUUCCGUUCUCAGAACUGGUUUGGUGUGAACACUGCCUCACACUUGGUUUGUCAGAAGAAAUCUCAAAUUAACCAGCUUCAUUAAAGUGGGUAACACACAACAAGAUGUCCUGAUCUACCAAUAUAACGGAAGGGGCGUGUUUCAUUUGCUGAAACCGUUUAAGUGGAGACCUCCGGUGUCAAAUGAAGCCAAGUUUUUGAGUGCCAAAAACUGCAGUUCCUCGAAUGGCCACUGGAGGCUUUACAGCAGAUAUAAACAUGUUUACACCUUCGUACAAAUAACUUUGGUCUCUAUAACUAAUAGUCCCUGUCAUGACAACUGUACGGGGUCUAUGGGCUAUGCCGUUGUUUUUGUAUUUCAGGACACCUUCUGGUGCUUUUUCUUUAUUUUUACCACGUCCACUUAUCGCCGGUACAAAGAGAAGCUGUGUUUGAACCGUCCAACAUUUAGUUUGUCGUCAUUUUAAGCCAUAAUUUGGUCGUGGUUACUUUCAGUUUAAUGUACCUUGAGGACAAAUCUAAACCUUAUAUCUUCAUUAACAUAAACUCCACCCGCCUGGUGCUCCAAGCAGGUUAAAACAAACUCUCCAUGUAGUUUACAGCUCAGAUUGACGUCGGGUGUGGAUGCAGCUACAGUCUGUGAAUGAACAAGGUGAACCAAACACUUAUUAUUAUCUAUUUAUCUUAUUCUAUUACAAUUACUAUUAUCUUCUGCUACUGAAGCCCAUUCAAUGAUAUUAUACUCUACAAAUAAAUGAUCUUGCAAUACGGACACAAAUUGUCACCACAUAUAGAUCUGACAUGAUGAUACAUCCCUGUAGACGUUCAUUCAUUGUGCCUCUGAAGCACAUCCUUUAGAACGACUCCACUUCGUCACUUUGUGUUCAGUGUUUCAGUGCCACUUCAUCUCACCACACAACAAACACACAACACAGGAUUUAUGAAUGUGAGCUGUUUCCUUUCCGUAGUGAUUUCUUUUUAAACUAGCACACAGUACAGUCUCGCUUUUGUAAAACGCUGUUUUGUAGCUUUGUGGUGUUUUCAGGCUCAUUCACUGAAUUCAGACGUGAGUUCAGCUGCACAGAAAAGUAAAGGUUGUAAUGUUUUCUUUCUUUUUAUAGCAACUCAGAGUUCAACUGUUGUUCACAGUGGAGUUCUCAGUGUUCUGCUUGUGUUGACGUUUAACAUCAGGAAGAACUCGCUCAGUGUUUUUCUUGCUUUUGCACAUCAAGUUUCAUUAACAGAGAAAAGUUAUAUUCCUUCUGUUCAGAUAUGAAUGUGCAGGCAUCAGUCCAUCACUGGAAAUAACAGCAUUGGUAUAUUUGUAUGUACAUGGCAUAUUACUGUUACAUUUAACAAUCUAAUAUUGUGUGAAUUGUUAAAACUGAAUAAAUUGUCUUCCAAGACACGAAGAGACACUUGAAGAAGUGAUGCUAGCAAAGACAUUUGAAAUACGAAUAUUUUCCAGAUUAUAAUUUAGUAUUUACAUAAACCGGAAGUUUUUCUUCUCAGGAUCUCAAAAGCUAUUAAUGAAUGAAUUAAUGUAUUAAUGUACAGAGAACAGCAGCACAAUAAGAAUACAGCACAUACUGGGCCUCCACUUUAACAAGUCAUUAAGUCCUAAAAUAUCUUUUUCUCAAAGCAAUUAUGUGACAUAAUUCUACUUGUUUAAUACAUUUUAAGAAGAUUGUUUUCUUGAUUUUUGAUCUUGAAUAACUGAGUUGUUAAUGAUGUCAUCUCAAUAUUUUCAAAUGUAGUGCUCGCAUCACUUUUUACAGUGUAAAAAUAAUUUCAAUUCCAUUUAAUUUCUUGUCCACACGGGUUUUGUGAAUGAAAUGACAUUUUGUGUGUUAAGAGCAAAUAAGCCCGACAUCAUGCUGUAUUAUUUUAUUAGGCUUUGUUUGUGAACACGUUCUCCAGUGACGUCUUUAUGUCAAACCUCUCCACGACAGGCAAAAGGUUCAACUUGUAAACUCACUUAUUUUAAGCACAAUUGUACAACUUUCCCUCGUGUCCAAUGCCAGAGUUUAGCGGUCAGAUUAGCAUACAGAUUAUCAUAUAGAUUAGUAUACAGAUUAGCAUACAGAUUAGCAUACAGUACAUUAAGUGCUCGUAUGUGAUCAAAAUAAUUUCUCCUCCCACAAAGUCUUUCGUGCACAAAACUGAGCAGGCAGCUAAAAUAACUCGACUUUCUUUUCCUAGUUUGUUAUUCGUCUGCUGUUUGGUGCUCGGCAGGUAACGUACUGUCGCUUUAUCAGAGCUUGUUCUUCGGAUGAGAUCCUGUAGGACUCAAAGGUAAAGUGUGUGUGCAGCCGAAGAACCAAAACCAGGAGCUGAAAGAAGCUAAAAGAUGCCGACUUGGUGUUGAUUUGAUUCUCAGCGCCAUGAAUGAAUAUUUCAGUGAUUUUAUUCAGUGUUAAUAUAAAAAAUAUCACUUAAUGUUCAACUAACAGUGUUUUUAAAUAAAACACUUUUAAUUCCGUUUUUAAUUUCUAAGUUUUAAACCUAACUGCCAUUGAAUACAAACUAAAGUGAUGCUAACAAACUGUUGAAGCCGUUGUUUCUGGUGGAGAGGUUUCCAGACAAUAAUGUCACUGGACGAUCUAAACAUUGACCGUCCUGCUCCAGUAAUCACUGAUUUAUUUAUUAUUUCUAUCAGCUGUGUGUCUGAAAGAUGUUAAGAUGUCAGAAUAAAUCUCGCCGAACAGGAGGAAGACUAAUUCAAACGUCUCCAAUGGAAAAUGUCCGUGUGAUAACUUUAAUUGUCCAUUUACAAGCAAACGUAACAAACGCAAAGUGUGCACAUAGAAAACGGAUCGCACAGAUAACACAGGAUGAACAUGUUUGACACUUCAGUAUCCGUACGCAGCGCAGAACAAGAAAUCUUGUUUGUUGGAAAGAAACAUUUUACGGUUAAUUUGACGAUCAGCAUUUUGCUGUUUGUCUUGUUAACAGUCUGCCAGUUUGAAAUUAUUAAUAUUUUCCAAAACUCAGAAUCGGUGCACACACUGGUGACUUCAGGACUUUGAUUUCCCAUCUGCAAUGUCUUAAAAUGUCAUUUUAGGAUGUUGAUAGUAUUUAGUUUGAAACCUAAAAGGUGCUAGAUUAAAUAGAGACGUUAUUUACUUCUGGAUGAGCACUUUUUAACCAUGCUGUAAUAUUUCCAAUGAUUUGGUCAGUUUCUUGUUUCAACACUAAACCUUUCCUUUAGCACUUAUUGCGAGGCGCUGUUUUAGAGGUCACACUCCCUUAUUUGGUGAUAGUACCCAAAGGAUCUGCUGAUCCCCAAUGUCCCUGUUUGUUUACUGGUGUUGUUUGAAACACAAAUAUAAGAUGCAUUGAGUUUCAAUGAAAUGUUGGUGUUCUGGCACGUUGUUUUGGACACUAUAUUAAAAUCAGGUUCCAGUGCGCGGACACUGUGUAAGGACAGGAGAAGAAAAUAACAAUAUUUGGUUCAUUUCACAGACGAAACACCGGUUACGAGUUGCAGUUGUUGUAGCAGCCGUUUUAUUGUCUUUCAGGAAAUUCUAUUCUGAAUGUAGAAACACAAGAAGCCCGAAAACGCAGCAGUUGUUUAGUAAAUCUGUAGGAAAAAUAACUUACAGAAGUCUAAAUACACUUUAUUUAACUUCAUGUCGGGAAAAUCUUUUUUAUUUAUUACUGAUUUCUCUUGAUAGAUUAAAUUAAAAUCCAUAAUCUGGUCCUGUAAUGAAGCAUGCACUUAAAACAAGCAUUUUCAACACAUUGCUGCCCUACAUGAGUAAUUCCAUGUGUGUGCACACUCUUCUGUGUUGUUUGUGUGUGAACUCGUCUGUAUGUGCAUUCUGAAUGAAAAGGAGCACUUUACAGCAGCCGUGUAAUCAAGAGGGCAAUAGUGCGUGCUGUGAUUAUUCUGUUAAGUAUGGUUGUAACUGUAACUGCAUACCAAGCAAUGCACUGAUCCACACAUUCUACAUAACCUGUCAUUUUAUGGACAUCUUAAUUGCUACAAAUUAUUUGUGCCUUGGCCUUUAACCGUGCGGUUAUUUUCUUGCUAUGACUGUCAAAGUUCAGCUGAAAGUUGUUGUGAUAUCUGUGUGAAAGGCUGCAUUUACACACACACAAAUAACCAUCUGAAAUGUUUACGUUUGAACCGACAUGACCUUUACACUUUUCACCAGAGAGGAAAGGCUGAGCUCCUUUACAAAAUGCUAGCUAGCUGCAGUAACUAGUCAGGAGCAACAACAUUGUUAGACGAUUGUUAGUAUAAAGAAGCUAGCUUUUCUAAGCUACACUAGACAUAUUAACACGUCAUCUAAAUCAGAUCAUGUGUUUCCACAUAGUUACACGUUCUUCUACGACUUCAUAGAGAGCUAAGUCCUGAUGUCACUCUAGGCUAGCUGCUCCAUAGAGUUGUGUAAGCUAACGGAACAACUAGCUUUUGCAACUCUGAGAAUUUGAGUUUCUGUCAUCGGCCUUUCUUAAAAAUGUAAAGUGUUCCUCGAUAAUAAUUGUCUAGAUUAGCACUUGUUAUGAAUUGUAACCUAACCCGUUGUGAUUUUAACAAAGUUAAACCAGGAUUUAUUUGUUGCUAUUCAAAAAACUAAAGCUAUCAUGACAGCACAGCAGUGUGUGAGUGUCUGCACUAACCAUUUCUCCACCUGAUCGAAUGUUAUCAGCUGGUUAAAAAGGCAUUUUCAGUGGUUUUCUGUUUCGUACACAGUACAGUACAGAAGGGGAAUGCUACACCAAGUAUUAGCUUUUAUCCUUGAUUCACACGCUACAACAGGAAGUAAUUGUGUCAGGAGCAAAGGCGGAUGUAAGCUCAUGUCGUAUAAAGACUGGAUUCCCACCAGGAGACAGGUGUUUGUUUCCCAUGUGAGACCAACAACAUGUUGUUUUUUGUGUUCAUAACAUUUACUUUCACUUUCACUUUACAAAAGUAGUUAUUUAAGCCAAACCGCAAUCUUUUCCUUGACCCAACCAAGUAGUUUUGUUUACUUUCAAAACGUUCACUUUUACAACAAAGUGGGUUGAAUUUGAUUUGACCCGUCUGACAUAUUAAAAAUGGUCACGAUAACCACUGAUAAUGCACAUUUAAUCGGCUGAUAACAUAACAAGUGGGGGGUUUCUGCCAUUUCUAUGAUCCACUUUUUAGCCCAAGUUUUUGAUCUGCAAAAAAACACAUUUGGCCCUCUCAGUUAAACUCAUUAAAUCUCCUUAAACAUCAAUAAACAAUGAUAUUAUAUUAUGAUAUGAUUUAAAAACAUGUUUUAUCCCUCUACAGAGAAAAGGAGUUAACCACGUGAGAUGCUGUUGAGUAAAGUUAUGUUGUAGGCUGAAAUUUGUGUUGAAAUCGGGAUUGUGUUUGAGGUUUUCCCACUGGAACAAAGCGCAGCUCUAUACUGCAGGACUUAAACUGAAAACAACUUAAACUGGCCAGAUACUGUGAAAGCUAGCUGGACAUAAAACCUGCACAACAUCAUCAAUAGCUCAACAUUUGCUGCACAGUUUUAAUUCCUUCGUGUUGACGGCUCAGUACAGAGACGCCUGUGGACGAGGAUGUUUUCACAGACAGCUGUGACGGGAAAUAAGAAGAGAACGAUAUUCAAACUCAUAUCUGCUGUUCUUGUGUAAAUGCAGCCGCCACGCUUUGAGAAAGAAAAGAAACGGACUUUCUACACUUAGAUAUUACAGACAACUUGAUGUUAACUGACAGCAGCUUUUAUGGCUCGUAAAAAGGUUUUGAUGUUCUUAGGUUUUAUUUAAAGGGAAGUUUGGACAACUUUACACUCGUGGCCUUCAGAGCUGUGCAUCAUUUUUCUCAUUCCAGUUUGAAAAAAAAUAAAAAUUGCCAUUUCUAUUCUGUAUUAGACACUUUGAAUAUUUUGUUUUGAUGAUAUAAUAUGCAAAUGUAUUCUUACUUGAUUUUUUUAUUUUUUUGUCUUUUCAAUUGCACCAGUUAUUAAUAAAGUAUUGAAUUCAUAAUUGUA